GGCUGCCUUGUGAAUCCCGAUUUAAAGCAGAUAACGGGUCUGGCCAGCCUGCAAGCGAAACAUCGCCGUUCAUGCCAUUUGACUGCUUUAUGUCUAUCCCGUUUAACUCUUGCCGUCGAGACGCCCACGCCUGAAUUGGGGCUUAUCUCAUUCACGGAAGACAGGAUCUCGAUUGCAGUCUGAACCCGACGACCAUCAUGGUGAUGAUGCAUCGGUGGAAUUAUCACCCCGGUGUCUGACUGCGAUGGAGCCGACCGCGCUCAAGUGGAGCUUCUCGCUCGCUCGCUGGCUAGGUAGCGAGCUAGCUGGCUAACGGUGCCCGCCGGGAUUCACUCGACCCCCUUGAGCGAGCAGCCCUGGAUAACGGCGCCUGCCUCGAUGGGUGUGAUUGCGGUUUUAGUACACCGGGAGUGUAGCGACGACACCAGACGAAUUGAGCGAUGUCCCUAGUUUUGACCAUAAAACGGACCAUAUCUGCUCAAAAAUGUGCUAACCUAUUGGAUUAAGUUUUUCCCUGCACAUGACGGCGUUCGCCUGGCUUCAACUCGUUCGCUUUUUGCUCCAUCUUUAAUGCUCUUUGGAUGCUUCUGUGACAUUAAUUCGACGGUGUGGAUUACGAUGGCCCAGCUGUUGGACGGGGCCGGCAAACUGGGCUGGACUCUGCUCAAGGCUGUGCUCCGUUUCGUGUUUAUGUUCAUCAACAACUGUGUAGCCAUCCCGUCCUACUGCCUGUACCUACUUGUGCUGCAGCCCCUGAGAAUAUGGCACAGCUCCACGUUCUGGCACGUUGAGGGAUUCAUGUUUAAAUGGCUGCUGGCCAUGGUGUCGUCGUGGGGCUGGAUCGCAGGCUACACAGUAACGGAAUGGGGUGAUGAUGUGCGGCCCAUCUCUGAAGAUGAAGCCAUGGUCAUUGUCAACCAUCAAUCCACAGGAGAUGUGUGCACCCUCAUGAUGUGCCUGCAAGACAAGGGCAUGGUGGUACGAAAAAUGAUGUGGUUAAUGGACCAUGUGUUCAAGUACACAAACUUUGGCCUAGUGUCCCUCAUACAUGGUGACUUCUUCAUCAGACAGGGUAAAGCGCACCGAGACAAGCAGCUGGUCAACUUGAAGGAUCACCUAGACAAAUAUUACCAUAGUCGUGACAGGAAGUGGAUAGUGCUGUUCCCCGAGGGCGGCUUCCUGCGCAAACGGAGGGAAACCAGCCAGACGUUUGCCAAAAAGCAUUCUCUACCCCACUUGACCCACGUCACGCUGCCUCGCCUUGGUGCCACCCACGUCAUCCUGAAAACUCUAUCAGCCCAGCAUGAGAAUGGCAGUGUGAGCAAUGAGAGCGGGACAACCAACCAGACAGGCAAAAAGCGCAAAGGCCUGCAGUGGGUGAUAGACGUGACCAUAGCUUAUCCCAAAGCACGGCCCAUGGACAUCCAGACAUGGAUUUUUGGAUACAGGUCGGCGACAGUCACACAUGUUCACUACAGGAUGUACCCCAUUAAAGAGGUUCCUGUAGAGGAGCAAGCUCUGACGGACUGGCUGUAUCAGAGGUUUGUGGAGAAAGAGGACUUGCUGGCCCACUUCUAUGACACAGGAGCGUUCCCGCCUCCCGAGGGCCAGAAGGAAGCGGUCUCCCGACAAAUGACCCUGGACCCUCUGUGGCUGUGCGUUAUUCAGUCGUUCGCGUUCGUCUCCGGCUACAUGUGGUACAGCCUCUUGCGGCACCUCUACUGCGGUAUGUUUUGAGUACGCCAACGAGGCGAGCAGGAAAAAGCGCCUCUCGGGAUCCGCCGGUGUCAUGCAAUGGAUGAAUGUACAUUUGCGAUUUGCGUGGCGAGACUAAAGACGGGGGGCAACAAAAAAAUAUGUAUACGACGUGUAGACAAACAGAAUUACAGCCCUGACACUACACAUGAUCUCACACAUCAUGGCGCUCAUGUUGAUGUUUACACAUAGGCCUUCACACAGUCAUACAUUCAAGAGGCUCAGGACCAAGGACCGUUGUAGUUUCAUGGAGUGUGUAUGGACGUGUGCGUCUGUGAAUACUGUGAGAGUAGAAGCAUCAAGUCCGCCCUUUACCCUGCCCUCUUUGUGACGCCCAGCGGACAUCUCGAAGCAGCUGUGUGGACUCUCUGCUCCCCCUCUCCCUUGGCCCACAUUGCACUAAGGAUCCAAACUGCUCCCUGUCCCAGGAUAUAUUCCUGAAUGGUAGCUGCCUAUAUAUGUUUUUUUUGUGUGCGUGUGUGUUUUGUUUUUCUUUUUAGCCCACGCAUCCCCACAACGACAGCCAGCACAUUUAUCUUUUCAUUGUCAUCUGGACUGUUUACACUGGCGAACCCGCUCCAGGUUAAAUGCCGUCAAACUUGAGUGGGAACAUGCAGAUCACUUGAAAAGCAACUUGUGUGGACUCCUGUUUGCUCAUAUACAUACGUGCACACACAGCACAACAAGAUGGACUGAGAAGGCUUGGACUCUCUUUUUUUUUUUUUCAUCCCCGCAUCAAACGGCAUAGUUUUACAAUUAUUUAAGCCAUACGCUCAGUGUUGUCCACAAACACAAGGGAACAAAAUUGUUUGUGCUGAGUGCUUUCCAUGGCAUUCAAAAAAAUAAGACCGUUCACUUUGGCUUUAAGAAGUGUAGGCAUCGAUACAGUAAGAUGAAGUGAUGAAGUAUGGGUGCCCUCCAGCCCCUUUUUUAUUGAACUUUUUCCCUCUUGUGUGCUUUGUUGUUACCGUGUGACGUCAGAAAGUGGAGACAAUUCCUUAUUUUUUUCAUUUUAAAUGACACAAAAUCCUGUGUAGAUAACAAACCUCGAAACGCAAUGUCUGUCACCUGUCUGUGAAUAAUUCUCUUUUCUUUUUUUCUUUUUUUUUUAAAGAAGAAGAAGAAAACCACAAUUUUAUGUUUUCUUCUCAUUGGUACACUGCUGUGUUUUUAUUUUAUUUUCCUGUUCCCGAGCAGGAAGUUCUUGGUAAUGCUAUCCGAGCCCGAUGUCAUCCCAAACAUAUUCGGUCAUAAAGAUCCAGUGUGAACCCUGUUUUUGUUCUAAGCUUUUGCAGAUACCUUAGGACAGGGUUUCCUAAAACAUUUGUCAGCUCAAGCCCUAAAUUUACUUCCUUUGGUACGAAAAUGGACUAAAAAAUAAAAUAUAUCAUUAAUUGUCAUAAUGCCAACAUAAAACUAACGGUAAAGAGCCCAACAUACAGAAAUAUAUUACAACAAACACCCAAUGCCAAGAAAUGGUGUUCGUAUUGGAUGUUAAUUUUUUUUAUGCUUACAUUUUACUCUGACAAUCGGCAACCCAAAUAAAACUGAAGACUCAGUUUUUGGGAAACCCUGAUCAAGAAGAUUACAUUCCCCAGUGAUGGUUUUUACCUAAGGAAAAACAUGAUGUGUUAGCGCAAAUAGUUCCGGAGAGGUUGGGCUUAAAUUGGGCCAGCGAGGACAGGGGGCACGCUAUGGCAAAAAAAAAAAUUAUUUUAAUUCCGAGAUCCCUUUUUUUUAAUUUGCUUUUAUUUAGAGAAUUCUUAGAGGUGCGGCAUCCAUUACUGGCAUAAAAAUUUUUAGUGGUUGCUGACACCUGUUCUUUGUCACUGUUUGUAGAAACUGUGUAAAAUGCAAAAAAAAAAAAAAAAAAAAAAAAAGUGCUACCUAAUUUAGCUGGUGAAACAUUUUGAAAUCUGUGUCAUUCACUGGCCCUUAUCAGAUUUUUUUUUCCAACCAUGUUUCCAAAGAAAGCAGGGGAAGUGAUGUUUUCCUAGGUGUGGUUUUAGGAAAUAAACACAAUAGGGAUUAAAACAAAUGAUACUAGAAUUGCCUGUAAUUUCCCCAUUUUGUACUUCUCCUUUAAAUUCCUAGUUACACAGCCAUUUUACAACACAAAAGCUUGUGCUGGAAUAAAACAUCAAAGAUCGUUAA